AUUUAAAGAACCUCUAGCCCGACCGGCUCGGCGUAAUUUGGUCACAUUUUACGCUCUGCCAGUAUUCACUCGCCUGCUGCUCUGUGAAAACGAACAUGGGGAAUCCUGGAAAAUGUGUCGCUUGCGGCAAAAGAUUUCAAACGAAGAAGAAAGGUUACAAGAGAUUUUCACUAAAGUCACAACUGGGACUAAAUUUUGAUGUAGAUGUCACCGCAGCUUUAUCCAAGGCCGUGCCAGAAUUUAGUGACAAAUUUAAUUUUCCAGACGACGGUCAUGUUUGUGAUUCUUGCUUCCGUCUUCUCAGAACUACACUCAGACAGAGAGAACAACUUUUAAAGACAGAAAUAGAAUGGGAUAUGAGGCUAAGGAGUGGUCCUCAAGGAAAAUACAUAAAUAAUCCUAGAUCGACUAUAAAGUCAAAAAGGAAAACUCAUAAAGAUGAUAGAAGAUCAGGCAAGAGGAAGUUGGAAGAAGUCCAGAAUACUAUGAACCAUCAUCAAUCAAAAUUUGAGUCUGGUGAUUUCUGUUCAGAACGAAGACGAAAACUUAUGAAGUUGGAGCCAACGGUGUCCGUUCUGUGCAAAAAUGGUGGGCACAAGAACUUCAUGAAGAAGGCCAUAGCAUACCUCAUCCAGUACAGAUAUCAUAAAGCCUUUAGCCUCAUUAUUAAUGGAUCGGAUAAGGCCGAGAAAGCAUUCCAAGGAUUGAUGGAGAAGAAGAUACGCAAGGAAGCAUAUUACUUUUGCAAGACGGCAGAGAAAUGUUCGAAAGAAACCGACAGUAUCAGUGACAUCAAAAACUUUUCAUGGAAGAAGGAAUUGAAGAAGAUGGCACUUGAAAUGCCAACAUUCUAUUCUGCUUGCCUUGCUUCAAUGGAGACGAGGAAAGGGACAACAGCUAUGCUGCCAAACUCAAGUCGUUCUACAAAGAGGCGUAUAAGACCAAGGUUAGGGCUGAUGAUGACCUUGCCGCUCUAUACAAGACGAGAGAGAAAGUUUGGCUUUGUGAUGAACAUCCUUGCCCUCCUCUUCCACAGAUAUGGCAGUCAUGAAACGAUGCUGAAGAUUCUGAGACAUCUUGGAGUUUGUCACAGGACUUCCCAACCUCUGAUUCACAAGGUGGACCGUAUGAAGGCUGAUGAUUGUGAGCAAGUCUUAUCGUGGGCUGUCAAGAAUCUGGCUGAAAUCAAGGGCAAUGGCCGUGUGAGGCAGAAGUCACCUCGUAAAGGCAAGACUCCCAAAGCACAGCUCCCUCCAACAGACUCAAACUCCUCGGAUGAUUUAGAUAGCGAGGUCGAGAGCGAUGACGACGAUGAGAAUGUUCCUCACGACGAUGAGGAUGCAUCAGAAUUUGACGAAGAUGAUGAUUCGAGUCUUAUGGAAUUGCUGUCAUCAGAUGGAUCAGAAUCCGGUGAUGAGGAUGAUGAUGACGGGAGUGAGGAGUGAGGAUGAUGAUGAAAGGAUGAAGGAGAAGGAAGUAGAAGCAGAGGAACUGAAGGAACAAAUGGUUGAAGUGGAGGGCUGGGUGCAUAUGGAAGAUGGAUGUGAAAUGCAAAUUGUACAUAUGUAAGAAAUACUGCAGUGAAAGAGGAAAGACAUAAGACUGCUAUUUGACGAUAAAUUACAAUGGCUGAGUGGAUUUUGUAGUCCACUUUAAUUUAUAUUAUGGGAAGGUAAAGAUUGAUUAAAUUUAAUUAUGGGAAGCCAGAAUAUCUUUGGUGUUCAUUUUACUCUUUCUAAUUCUGUAGUAGUGAAGACAACUAUCGUUUUCAUCAUCCCCUAACAAUUAAGAAUGAUGUGUGUCAAUUGAGCCAAUAACAUGACUCCCUACUGUUCCAUAUUUAUUUGACAAUUGGCUAUCAAAAGUUAAACCACAACUUUAGACCGGCGAUCUAAUUCAACUUAUCUUCAGAAUAUGGGCCAAUGUGCUUUGUAAUAAAAUGUACAUUGUAAUUAAAGGAUAAACAUGGCACCGUUUCACGGUACUGUUACUGGACAUCAGACAUCUUGACCUUUUCUCCACUAUUGUUUCUUCGAUUUUACCAUACCUGCAAUGAUGUUGGAAUGGUCAUUGAUUUGAUGGUAAAUUGCUAAUUAGUCAACACCCAACAAAUUUGCUUUCCGUAUGGUCUCGUGACAUCCCAUUUGGUAAUUGUGAAAGUUUGGAGAGUCUCUAUUUACCUUUAUAUUGACCACUUCAGUAGUAAUAUUGAUAUAAAAUUACAAUCUUAAGGAAAUAAUCCUAAAACAUUUUGUUAAUUACAUGUUAAUUAGAAUUAUCAUAUUUUCUUAAAUUCCCCUGUGAACUAGAAUAAGGUGCAGUUUUGAGAGGUUACAUAAGGUAACUGAAAAUACAUUAUUCAAGAUUUUAUUCAGGUAUUUUGAGCAUUGUCCACAAAAACCAGUCAUGGAUUGCCAAUUUGAGGACUGUGGUAAUGAAAAAAAAAAUUCUCCAUGUCCCAGUCCAUCAUUCCAUCCAACCAUGGCCCUGAAAAACUCCCAUUUACAGCAAUGUUAAAGCUUCAACAAUGUUGCACAUUCAGCCAAUAGCUGGGGAAAAGUAGCCUCUGAAAACUAAAU